UCUGCUCAAAUCUAUAACAUGGACGAAAAAGGAUGCCAGAUUACACUGCAUCACUAACAAACUAUAUUGGCUAGUAAAGGUGCUAAAAGGGUGCAGAUCGCCACACCAGAGCAAAAAUGUAACAAUCGUGGUAUGUGGUAACAGCAUUCCGCCACUUAUAAUGAUGAAAGGGCAACAAGUUAAGCAGCAGCAGAACCAACAGAAGCAAAAAGUAUAAUGACCGAGAAAGAAGCAAGACAGCAGAAUCAUUUAUAGAGAAUUAAAUGAUGGUUUUGCUUGUUUUUGAUUCAGAGGGAUGCACAAUCGCCGGACAGCUGUUUCCACCGUUUCAGGCUUUUUCAACAGCGCUAGCGUGCACUCCUCUGAAUCGAAAAACAGCUCAACCAUCAAUUUAAGGGGAAUUUGAAAGAUCAUUCAAAUUCCCAUUGGGACGCGAUCCAGCGACAUCUCUUAACAAAUUGAAGAGUCUCAGAUGCAGAAUUUGGAUGAUCUUUCAAAUUCCCCUUAAAUUGAUGGUUGAGCUGUUUUUCGAUUCAGAGGAGUGCGCGCUAGCGCUGUUAAAGCCUGAAACGGUGGAAACAGCUGUCCGGCGAUUUUGCAUCCCUCUAAAUCAAAAACAAGCAAAACCAUCAUUAACUUUUCUAUCUUUACUCAGAUUUGAGUACUAGAAAGUUCCUCUUAUGUCCUUUUCCGAGACGAAUGAAGAGAGAAUGUGAUUGCAAGGAAUCCUUUUUGUUUUCUACAUUCUUCGUCUGCGGUCUUAUAAAUUGUUAAAGUCGCAGAUUAAGGAUGUACCAGAAAGAACUUUCAACAUGAAAAGUCUCAGAUUUAAAUUACUAUUUACCAUUUUAAGGGUGGAUUCUGCAUCUGAGACUCUUCAAUUUGCAUUUAUAGAGAGGUUAGAUCACUUCUGCCGAUUCAAAAAUCCUGGACCAGCCUUUUUAAUUUUUGAUGGAGCUUCAUCUCAUUUAAACAUUCGAAUUGUGGAAGCUGCAAUGAAAAAAUAUGUAACUCUAUUUUGUCUACUGUCUAACACCGCUCAUGAGCUUCAACCACUGGAUAAAGCAGUCUUCAGGAGUUUUGAAUCUUACUGGGAUGAGGAGGUGUUAAAUUUUUUGGAUUGGAAUACUCCGCUUACAAACUACUGUGACAAUGAACUGAUAAAAACAAAUAAAGAGUUUCAUAUUGUAUCCAUAAAUGCUGACUGCAGUACAAUACCAUGCCAAAGUGAUAAUAUUGCUAGAAAAUUAACCAAUGCCGAAUAUUGCAAAGAAUAUUGUCAACGUAUUAAAAAUAACGGGAUUCCAGCAGUAUCAAGAGGUCGAAGCUCAAAAGGUGAAGCAAAAACGACUGCUCAAAGAAGCAAAGAAUAUAGAGCACGUUUAAAAAUAAAGAAGUCGCUUGAAUCAACCUCUAAUUCGCAUACUGAUGAAGUACCGAGAAAAAACAUAAAAUCGGGUGCUCAAAGAAGCAAAGAAUAUAGAGACCGUAAAAAAAUAAGGAAGUUGCUGGAAUCAAUCUCUAAUUCACAUAUGGAUGCAGUACCAAGAAAAAUCACGAAGACGGCCGCUCAGAGAGGCAAAGAAUAUAGAGAACGUAAAAAAAUGAGGAAGUUGCUUGAAUCAACCCCUAAUUCGCACAUUGAUGAAGUACCGAGUACUAUGGAGUUGGCCCAAUACCUUCUAGAGCGACAACAAGAAGAGAGCAAUAGGCGAAGAGGAGAGCAAACUGGACAAAUUCCUCAAGCAAUAUCGAGUAGUCUACAAAGUUCAAGUCCGCAUACGCAAAACCAACGACUAUACUACGAAAGGCACAAAGAAGAAAUAAACAGGUACAGAAGAGAAGGGAGUAUCGAGGAUAAGAACCUAAAACCUCUUCCUGCUAGCGCAGCUGAACGUAUGCGUAAAUAUCGAGAGCGACACAAAGAAGAAAUAAAUAGGCGCAAGAGAGAGGAAAGGUUAAAUAAUCAAAAUCUCAAGCCUCCUCCUGCUACUGCAGCUGAACGUAUGCGUAGAUAUCGAGAGCGGCACAAAGAAGAACUAAACAACCGCAAGAAAGAGGAAAGGCUGAAGAAUAAAAAUCCCAAGUCACUGCCUGCUACAGCAGCUGAACGAAAUCGAAAGUAUCGGGAACGAAACAAACAAGAAAUUAAUAAAAAAAGAAGAAACAGUAGGCGAAUAAAUAAAGAAUUGAAUUCACAGCACAAAGAGAAGAUUAAGGUCACAGGACAAAAUGCAGAAGCAGCAUCGACCGAUCAAAAAAGUUGAGAUACUGAAAGUAGCUUAGUUGCCGGUUAUCAAAUCAUUCCUUAAAUUCUUAAAUAUGCUGUAACAGAGCUUCAACAGCUAUUACUCCAGGUUGUGAAGCUCCAGUAAGAAAAAAAGUGGUUCUGAUUCGGUUUCUUUGCGGAUUCCUGUUCAAAAAUGUACCCUUUAAACAAAUCUGAAGGGUGCCGGGUGAAAUUGUUUGAACAAUUUUUUUAAACAAAUUCCAAAACUGACUUUUUUGACCUUGGAAAAGAUUUUUAAGUUUUUUUGGGUCGUUCCAAAUAAAAAAGGUCUGUUGUUCUUUUUACCUAUAGUGCUAUAGUUGAUAGUUUUCGGGUUAUAACCAAUUGAAAACUCAAAAUUAAAAAAAUAUUAUUAUUCAUUUAUUUUUAUUAAUUAUCCAGAUUUAGCCAUACGGCUCUCACUCCCUCUAAGAGGAAAAUUGACUCAUCCCAGAUACCUACGGUAUCAAAAGGGUUGAGCUCUGGUGGGACUCUCGUGUUAUCGAUUCCUAGGUGACUUGGUAUGCAGGUGUAUCUCCCAAAAAUUUUCGUACACGUACAUGUGGCCGUUGAGAUUAGUACAACUUUCUGCAUGGUCUUUGUUAUAUUAAUAUACAUAAUAUAUUAAUUAAUCAUAUUAAUUAUUAUAAUAUAAUUUAUUAAUUUUGAGUUUGCCAAGUGCCUAAAUUGAAGUUUUCAAUUCAAUUUUAAGAUUCUAAAGAAUAAUCGGGGCUUGCUUUAAUUUUGACCAUUGUUUUUUAAUCGUUAAUUAUGCGUGUCCAAUCGAUUUUGAAACCAUCACGGCGCGCCUCACUAUAUAGUGCGUCUCUGACGUGAUAGAGAUGGUUGGAUGACGUGGAAGACGACCUCAAAACCUUGAAUAUAAGACAAUGGAGGAGAAUGGCCCAAGAGAGAGCUGAAUGGAAAGAUAGAGCCAGACAGGCAAAGACCCAUCCAGGGUUAUGAUGCCAAAAGAACAAGAAGAUAUGUAUAAGUGCGACAGAGACUACCAUAUCGGUAGUGUGACGCUCCCAGGCGACUUAAAAAUCAAGUGCGCGAGCAUAAUUAACUAUUAAAAAGCAUAUCAUUUGGCUCUACAGCUCUAUGCGAUUCUUGGCCGCGUUUACUAUUUCCCUUCAUUGUUGUCGGUCCUGAGCAGCUAUUUCCUAUUGCUGCGCAGAGGUGUAACCAUGAUCCUAAAGGGGGUGGGGUUACAAUUACUUGAUGGUCUCUGGUAGGUAUAUAAUAGUAAUGGUGUAAGCGUAUAGAGCUCAAAGUACAUCCAAAUGGGGGAGGGUUAUAACCCCAAACCUCCCCCCCUGGUUACGCCUAUGUUGCUGUACUCCUAUUUUGCGUAGAUCACUGGCUACUGCGUCCUUCCAUCUCUUUCUUGGGCUACCAACUGACCUUUUGCCAUCGGGUCUUUCCCAGAAUGUGGCGUUCGUCACUCGAUCUUAGCACGUGGCCCGCGUAUCGUAUUCGGUUUGCUUUAAUGUCGAUUGUAUUAAAAAACAACGGUCUAAAUUAAAAUAAGCCAUGAUUCCUCUUUAGAAUCUUGAAGUUGAAUGUUUAAACUUCAAUUUAGGCAUUUGGCAACCUCAAAAAUAAUAAUUUACAUAUUUAUGGGUUUUCAAACCUCGAAAUACGUAUUUUCGCAUUUUUCAGGUUUUAAAUCGCUCAUAACUCAAAAACUAUCAACUAUAGAGAAAAAUCACAAAAUACAUUUUUUUGUUUAGAUCGACCCCGAAAACCCUAAUGUUUUCCGAGACAGAACAAAGGUGAAUUUUGGCAUUUGUUUAAAAAAUUUCUGCCCAAAAAUUUCGUCCGGCAUCCUUCAGAUUUGUUUAAAGGGGACAUUUUUCCUACGGGACCGGCCUCACAGCCUAGACUGUAAUGUUACAAAAAUCAUAGAAGAUACAAAAAAACAUGCCGUAAGGUUAUGUAUGUAUACUGAUACUGUUAUAAGAAGAAUAAAUUAUAUUAUUAUGUU